AUGGCUCCCCCAAAGGCUGCGCUCGAAUUCCUUGACUUUGUCAACGCGUCACCAACUCCUUAUCAUGCCGUUCACGAGUCCAUUGCCCGCCUGGAGAAGGUGGGGUUCACUGCCGUGAAGGAACGAGAUAACUGGUCCUCGACUUUGAAACCAGGCGGCAAAUAUUACAUGACCCGCAAUGGAUCAACCAUCGUGGCUUUCGCCAUCGGUGCACAAUGGAAGCCAGGAAACCCGAUCGCCAUGCUCGGCGCCCACACCGAUUCUCCCUGCCUGCGUGUCAAGCCUGUGAGCAAGAAGAGCGGCGUUGGGUUCAUGCAGGUCGGCGUCGAGACCUACGGUGGUGGCAUUUGGCACAGCUGGUUUGACAGAGACCUGUCGCUCGCUGGACGUGUUCUAAUCAAGGAUGGAAAGGGAAACUUCGUCCAAAGGCUAGUCAAGAUCGACAGGCCUAUCAUCCGAAUUCCAACCCUGGCGAUCCACCUCGAUCGCUCGCCUGAGUUCAACCCCAACAAAGAGACUGAAUUAUUCCCCAUUACCGGCAUGGUGGCUGCAGAGCUCAACAGGACGGGCAAGACUGAGGAAAGUAAAACCACAGAGGCUCAGAAUAAUCCUGAGGAGACAUUCCAGCCCUUGAAGAACAUGUCGGAUCGCCACCACCCCUACAUUCUGGAGCUCAUCGCCGAAAAUGUGGGUGCUAAAGUGGAAGAUCUGGUCGAUUUUGAAAUCGUUCUGUACGAUGUCCAAAAAUCUUGCAUUGGCGGGUUGAACGAAGAAUUUAUCUACUCCGCGAGACUCGACAACCUUGAAAUGACCUACUGCAGCAUCAUGGGUCUCAUAGAGUCGGUAAACAAGGCAGACCUCAGCCAGGAGACGUCCAUCCGACUUGUCACGUGCUUCGAUCACGAGGAGAUCGGAUCCACCUCAGCACAAGGCGCCGACUCGGACCUCUUACCGGCCGUAGUCCGUCGUCUCUCGAUCCUCGCCGGCACGGGUGCGCGUCACGGCGACUCCGCAUCCGACAAGUCGUGGGAACACAUUAGCUCGGACCCAGACGUCGACCUGACCACGGCCUUCGAGCAGACCAUGGCCGUGUCCUUCCUCGUCUCCGCCGACAUGGCCCAUUCGGUGAACCCUAACUACGUGGGAAAAUACGAGUCUAACCAUCAGCCCGAGAUGAACAAGGGCACUGUCAUCAAGAUCAACGCGAACCAGCGCUACGCCACCAACUCGCCGGGCAUCGUGCUCCUCCAGGAGGUGGCCAAGCGCGCCGGCGUGCCCCUGCAGCUCUUCGUCGUGAGGAACGAUUCCCCGUGCGGCAGCACCAUCGGACCCAUGCUGUCGGCUAAGCUGGGCGUCCGCACGCUAGAUCUAGGUAACCCACAGCUGAGCAUGCACAGUAUCCGUGAGACGGGCGGAACCUACGACAUCGAGCAUGCUAUCAAGCUUUUCUCGGCAUACUUCUCUUCUUACUCGGAACUCGAAACUAAGAUUCUCAUAGACUAG